AACCUCAGGUGACAAGGACCAGACAGUCAGAGGCUCACUCAAUUCUUCCAGAGGCCGCGCUCACCAGCAGCGGGCACACCUCCACCUUCUCCCACCGCCACGCCCCCAAGGCACGACCCGGUGCCUUUCCCUGGGAUCUUGGUCGCUUGCAAGGUUUCAACCACGCCGGGAGAUUUUUCUCGCGAGAGGCUGGGCCGGAAGUGGGGAAAGGCGAGUUCCGGCAGAUGCCGGAAGUGGGGAGCGUGUGCUGGUUCGGCCGAGGAUGUGGUGCCUGGAGUGUGCUGUAGACUUCCUGGUGGGAUCAUGUUGGUCCGGCUGAAUAAAAACUCUGAGAGGAAGUUUGCAAAACAGAUUUGCAAAGUUGUGUUGGAUCAUUUUGAAAAACAAUAUUCCAAAGAACUUGGAGAUGUCUGGAAUACAGUAAGGGAUAUACUAACAUCUCCAUCAUGUUGGCAAUAUGCUGUUCUCCUCAACCGGUUCAAUUAUUCCUGUGACUUGGAAACACAUCUACGUUUGCAGGGCUAUCAUGCCCUCUUCCGUGGCUCCUUACCCUACUAUCCCGAAUCAGUGAAGUGUUACCUUAGCAGAACUCCUGACCGCAUGCCCUCAGAGAGACACCGGGCGGGACAACUCAAGAGAUACUAUCUCCUGAAUGCUGCCUCUCUUCUCCCAGUACUGGCCCUGGAGCUAAGAGAUGGGGAGAAGGUUCUGGAUAUGUGUGCUGCUCCUGGAGGCAAAUCCAUAGGUCUGCUGCAGUGUGCUGAUCCAGGUUUUCUUCAUUGUAAUGAAUACAACAGUCUGAGAUUGAGGUGGUUGAGACAGACCUUAGAAUCUUUCAUCCCACAACCUUUGAUAGAUGUAAUUAAAGUGUCUGAAUUGGAUGGCAGAGAAAUGGGAGAUGUUCAUCCAGAAACAUUUGACAAGGUGUUAGUUGAUGCUCCAUGUUCAAAUGAUAGAAGUUGGUUGUUCUCGUCUGAUUCUCAGAAGGCUGCUUGUAGAAUAAGCCAGAGGAAGAAUUUGCCUGUUCUGCAGAUAGAACUCCUAAGGUCCGCAAUCAAGCUAUUACGUCCUGGAGGGUCACUUGUGUACUCAACCUGCACACUUUCCAAGGCAGAAAAUCAGGAUGUGGUCAAUGAAAUUUUAAACACCGUCAGUAACAUAAUGCCUGUGGACAUGAAGGACAUGGCAACGACUUGCUCCCAAGACUUCUCCUUUGCUCCCACCGGCCAGGAAAAUGGACUCUUAGUGAUUCCAGAAAAGGGCAAAGCUUGGGGCCCAAUGUAUGUAGCCAAGUUGAAAAAAUCAUGGACUUCGUGAAAUGGUGAUGGGUGUUUUUGUAAAGCAUGAGAAUGUAUUAUUAAAUGUAUUUGACUAAAAAAAACAAAUUAAAAAAAUGUGUUUGACUAAGCUUUCUACAUAUUACUAUUUGUUUGUUUGUUUGUUUUGGCUCACACCCAGCAGGGUGGUGCUUGGGGCUUAUUCCAGACCUUUCCCUGAGGCAUCACUCCUGGUGAACUGAGUGGAACAGAGUGGGGAACAGAGAUCAAUCUUGAUUUUUCCACAUGCUAGCAAGUGCCCUACCUGCUGUACUAUCACUCUGGCCUCAUACUAGUACUUAAUUAAUUAUGGUGUCUCUUUCCUGGGGUCUGUUUGUAAUCCUACUUAGUUAAUACUUAAUGUGAAACUAGGCUUGAGAAAUCUCGGUACAUUUUGUUCCUUAUAGGUUUGGGGGCCACAUUCCAUCGUACUGGAAAUUACUCCUGGCCUGAGGCUUAGGCUUGGGAGGUCUCUCCUGCCAAAGCUCGGGACCCUGUGAUGCUGGGACUCAGAUCCUUAGGAUUUUGCCGUGUAAAGUAUGUGCCUUCCCCUCAGCUCUUUGAGCUAUCUCCCCAGUCCCAGGUAUAUAUUUCUUUCCCUAGAAAUGUAACUGUAGCAAUGAUUUAAGGCAGUACAGAUGGUGUUUGUUCUGUAUAAUAAAUCUGUUGUCUUUUACUUGGCAUUUUGUAGUUGAAUUAGUCAGAAUCCAUAGUCUUAUGCAUAUAACAUUUAGAAUUGCAUUUUAUUCAUGAUAUUUGUGUUAUAGCCUUUAAAAAUGCACAUUUGCUGGCCCUGGCCUCUCAUUAGUUUUCUCCUUAUUAAAAAUAAAGCUUUUAUUUAGGGUUCCUUCCCCCCUCCCCUUUUUUUCUGUAAGGACUGAUUGGUAUUCUGAGAAUAACUUUGUAGCAGCACUAUUUCUACUUCUAGCAAAAUAGGUUUCUUAUUUGCCAAGUUGUUUUUCGUUAAGGACUAUCUUCUGUUUACUGCAAAGGUCAGUGACUCUAUUGACACAGGCUUUAUUUCUCCACUUUUUUUUUGUGCAUUCACAAAUACAAAUUGAAAGGGUAAAUUAUGUGGAAAGGCCGUUAGAACAGCAGAUUCACAUGCACAUGUUUGACUUUCGACAUUUAGUUUGUAGAAUAAUGGAGUCUAUCCAGAAGGCUAUAAAGCAAGUACUUGAAACAAAACCAGAAUGAUUAAUAACUGCAAUAACUGAAC